ACUGUGCGCAUCGUUUUGAUUAAAGAUGGCGGAGACAAAAGACGAAAAAUUCAUGUCACGAAGACGUUCCGCUGCUUUGAAGGCUUUUAAAGUUAAAGACGAGAGAGUGGCCACUUUCAAGAAGGUGGCAGCGAUUUUACAGAAAUCGGAAAUAGACAGGACGGCGGAAGAAACUGGAAUACUUGCCUCGUGCAGCGACGUAGUGAAAGAGGUUAAUUUACGACAAGAAAAACGAGAAAGAAUAAAGGCGAGAUUGGAAGAGAUUGAAGAUGCACCUGAAAUCUUGGAGGAAAAAUGUAUACGUUUGGCAGCAGCAAUCAGUAGAGCAACGUCACUUGCAGUAUACACUGGUGCUGGUAUUAGCACAGCGGCAUCUAUUCCAGAUUAUAGAGGUACUAAUGGAGUUUGGACUCGUAUGCAACAAGGAAAGGACAUUGGGAAUCAUGAUCUGAGUCAAGCUGAACCAACCUUGACGCAUAUGGCUCUUUAUGCAUUAUAUAAAGCGCGAAUCCUCAAACAUGUAGUUUCUCAAAAUUGUGAUGGAUUACACUUACGCAGUGGUAUCCCGCGUAAUUUUCUCUCCGAGGUACACGGCAAUAUGUAUGUAGAAGUUUGUAGAACAUGCAAACCAUCUAGAGAAUAUUGGAGACUUUUUGAUGUUACUGAAAAGACUGCACGAUAUCAACACGGUACAGGAAGAUUAUGUCACAGAUGUAAUUCAGUGCUGCAAGAUUCUAUCGUCCAUUUUGGUGAAAGAGGUAAUUUGCCUUGGCCAAUCAAUUGGAACGGGGCAACUAGAGCUGCAAAGCAAGCAGAUGUUAUAUUGUGUUUAGGGUCUAGUCUGAAAGUUCUUAAGAAGUAUCCAUGGUUAUGGCAAAUGGAUAAACCCGUUCAGAAAAGAGCUUCUCUGUACAUUGUUAACUUGCAAUGGACUCCGAAAGAUGAGAAUGCAAUUUUGAAGAUAAAUGGAAAAUGUGAUGAAAUAAUGAGGAAAAUUAUGAGUCAUUUAGGUCUAGAGAUACCGCGAUAUAAUCGUACGAAGGAUCCAAUCUUUUUUCAUGCGGUAAAGCUUCAAAAUGAUGAACAACUCACUAAGACUCAACCGUGUCUUGAGGAGCCAGUAAUUAAGGAACCUCUAAGUCAAAGCAGCGAUGAAAAUGUUAAAUGCAUGGUAGAAGAGACUGACAAAAAAGACUGCAUAUCGUCCUUAGCAGUGACUGAUAUAACAACUGCCUAUCCGGCACCUUUUUUCACCGCAUUACCGUUUCUAUCUAUGGGCUUGCCAUUUCCCCCUAUGUACAUGUAUCCACAAUUGACACCAUUAUUUUAUUAUCCUUUUAUACAAAUACCAAACAUGCCAGUGGAAACACCAAAACCGAAACCAGCUUGUUCAUUUUGUAUGGAGCAUGAAGGCUCCCUUACCUGUUUGUAUUAUCAACGUGACGGAGAUUGUCCAGAACCAAUAAACGUCAAGAAUGAGCAAAAGCAAGAGGAAGGUGAUUCACUAGUGAUUCGUGCGGACACUUCCAUAGCAUCUCCAAAGAAUCCAGGCUGGUUUGGUAAAGGAUACCGUAAGGGUAUGAAGAGGAAGCGGUAGCAUCCACUCUAUGUAAAUUUAUGCAAUAUGCUUGUGACCGACUAUUUAUCGGGAUUAUACAAUAAUCAUAUACAAUAUAUUUACGUAUAUAAAUA